AGGGAAACUUUUUACACACUAGCGUGCGCACGAACUGAAAUGGUUCAAAGGGUUUUUGAUGAUUUCAUGACAAAUAGCUACACCCACUUAACACUCUUCAGUGCUGGUAGCAGACUAUAAGUUACUUGCAAAAACCUUCGUUGACUUGUCUUUGUGUGUGUUGUCUGAAUAUGGCACUUUUUCAGGAUUUCAGCACAGCUGUGUUGAUCUGUGUUUUAAUUCUGCUUUUGGUUCUUUAUCAUCUGUUCUCUGGGUCUAACUUCAGAAAUGAACCUCCUGGGCCAAAACCAUUGCCACUACUAGGAAAUCUGCUAAUGCUGAAUUUCAACAGACCAUAUUUGAGUCUCUGUGAGAUGGCGAAGCAGUAUGGCCCGGUGUUCACCGUGUACCUUGGUCCAAAGAAAGUGGUUGUGUUGGCUGGCUACAAAACAGUGAAACAGGCGCUUGUUCAUUAUGCAGUUGAAUUUGGAGACAAAGAAAUUUUGCCAUUGUUUCGUGAAUUGACUAAUGGACAUGGAAUUAUAGCUGCUAAUGGAGAGAGCUGGAAAGAGAUGAGACGUUUCGCUCUUACCAACCUGCGAGACUUUGGGAUGGGCAAGAAGAAGAUUGAGGAGAAGAUCAUAGAGGAAACAUGCCACUUAAAAGAGGAAUUUGAGAAGUUUGAAGGAAAUCCUUUUGAAACCAACCAGCUGAUGAACUACGCUGCCUCAAGUGUCAUCGCUUCUAUCAUUUAUGGGCACAGAUUUGAUUAUGCAGACCCUCAUUUGAGGUGUAUGGUGGAUCGAGCCAAUGAAAGCGUUAGAUUGAUUGGAACAGCAUCUGUACAGCUCUGUAACAUGCUGCCAUGGCUUGGUCCUUGGAUAAAGAACUGGAGACUGCUGAUGAAAAACCGUGAGCUUGAUAUCAAAGAGAUAUCAGACCUGGUGGAGAGUUCACGUCAAACCCUAAACCCUCAAAACCUCAGAGGAUUUGUGGAUUCAUUCCUGCUCCACCAGCAGACUGUAGAGGGAUCUAAAGAGAAGACAUUUUACCAUGAGCAGAACCUCAUUUUUACUAUUGAUAAUCUGUUUAUUGCUGGUACUGACACCACCAGUACAACACUGCGCUGGGCUUUACUGCUAAUGGCCAAAUAUCCUCAUAUACAGGAUCAGGUUCAGGAGGAGAUUGAUCAAGUUAUUGGUGAACGUCAGCCGGUUACAGAGGACAGGAAAAACUUACCUUAUACAGAUGCUGUGAUCCAUGAAACCCAGAGACUGGCAAACAUUUUACCAAUGAGUCUGCCCCAUAUGACCAGCUGUGAUGUCGAAUUCAAUGGAUAUUUCUUCAAGAAGAGCACGUGUGUAUUUCUACUUCUGAUGUCUGUAUUAUGGGAUGAGGAGGAAUGGGAAACCCCUUACAUAUUUAACCCUGAACACUUUCUGGAUGAACACCGCAGGUUCAGGAAGAGAGAAGCUUUUCUGCCGUUCUCUGCAGGUCGCAGGGCUUGUUUAGGAGAGAGUUUGGCGAGGAUGGAGCUCUUUCUGUUCUUUACUUCUCUUCUUCAGUAUUUUCGCUUCACUCCUCCACCUGGAGUCUCUGAAGAUGAACUGAAUCUCACUUCAGCUGUGGGCUUCACACUGAGUCCAUCACCACACAAACUUUGUGCAGUUAAACGGUUUUGAUAUCUGUGGCACUUAAAAACAGUGAUGGGAGUAGCGCGUCACAAAGUAACCUGUUACUGUAAUUCCACUACUUUUAGCGGUAUUUUAGAAGUAUUUUUUUUUUAAAUCAAGUAACGCAGUUACAAUUACUGAAAUUUAAAUGAGUUUGUUACUCGCAUUACUCUAUUUUGGGAAAAAAUAACACUUGCAGACAAGACAUUUCUGAUCUAACGUCCCAGGACCGUGGUGGGCGGCGCAAUGAAUCAUUAAACUUCAUCAUGGACGAUCUAAAUGGGACAACAUACCUUUGUUUAAAAAUUGUGCGCAAGUCAUAAUCCAUCUGGUUUGUAAAUUAUCUAUGCCAAGCAAUCACAGUAUGACAUCAACUUGCAUUUGUAGUCCACAAAAGUAAAACAUCUGAUAAAUGUUAAUAUAUUCUUAGAUGUUUACAUUGGCUUUCAUGGAAGAUAACGAUCUUCGAUUGUUGAUUUCCUGUAAAAUAUGCACCCUGCGCUGUACAACCGUGUUAAAACUUCAUAGUAUGUGUGAGUACGCAGUUAGUUUCCGUUUUGGUUUCACUUGCUCUGUGUCCGACAAAACAAUCCACUCGAUCUGUGUCUGACUAAACAAUCCACGUAUUCCGAUUUCUGAUUACACGCAAGCUUCAUAGUACCCAAAUUCUUAAAGAGACAGUACACAAUUUUUACACAUUAAAUAUUUUAAAUUUAAACAUACAGAUAUUUAUAUUUGUCUAAAUGGUCUAAAGUAUAAAUAAAGUAAGCUUACAUAUUAAGAUAAUUUCUAACAAAAAUAUUAAAAAGGCUGAAUCUAAUGCAAAAUAGGCUGAUAUAUUAGAGUCUUACGUGUAAAAUAUCCCAUCCAUAUAAUAAACUUUACUAAAAUAAUGCACUACAUAGCCAAACUAACAAAAGAGUGACGCCCACUGUGGCCCACAGCCUAUCAUUGAAUCGUUUGACUGUUGAGUACUGUUCAUAUUUACAUUUAAAAAGCAGACAUAAAAGUAACUUAAAAGUUACUUUCCCUAUUACUUUUGAUAUACAGUAACUGGUAGAGUAAUUCAAUUACUUUUAAAAGAAGUAACUAGUAACUGUUACUAAUUACUAAUUUUCAGUUACUUACCCAACACUGCUGAAAAUUAAAACUGUCACUAAAUGUGACCCUGGAUGACUAAAGAAGUCAUACGUCACACGGGUAUAUUUGAAGGGGUUUGGUUUCAAAAAACAAUAAACACAGGUCUGGGGGUCUGUGGGGGCAUUGCCCAAAAAGUCCCCCAAAAAAUGUCCACCCAACCAUAAAAAAAAUUAAAUCACUUUAAACAAAAUAAAAUGUCUUCUAUUGGCAAAUGCUAGUUAUUACGAAUAACUUACUCAACCUUUGAAGGUCUCUUCAGCAGUAUUUAACUCACAGUAAAAGUACUACUGUUCUCUAACUUAAAAAAAAUUCAUCUUUCAAAUAUACAUCAGAAACAAUCCAAUUUAGUAUUACAUAAACUUAAUAACACAACACAUAUUAAAAUGAAAUGUUUUAAUAGUAAAACAUAGCCCCUUAUCCUUUCUUAGACAUUAUUUAUUCCUUCAAUUACAACAGCCAAUAACAAAUCCCAAGCAGCUUUUAAUGUGUUUGUUUAAGACGUAGUUUUGUUUAUUAAAAUUAGAAUAUUUGGUUGUGGCAUAAUAUAUAGUAGAUAUAAAUGAUAUAAGAUGGUUACACAGUAAAUAUACAGUAUUGUAAGAGCUGAGCAUCGCAUGUCGUUUUAAAAUCUAAUUUAGGCGGUUUUGUCAUCAUCAUUCGUCGGCUCAUUCAGCUCGCGUUUGAGGAAAAACUUUACACGCAAAGAUCUACAGACUUUUAAGUUCAAGAGGAGCUUUCACUCCGCAAGGUCAUUGUAAGGAAAACGAUUGUAAUUUAUAAUGUUACAUCAUAUUAUAAUAUCUAAUUUGCUGUGUUAUGAACAAAGCAGUGUGAUUUAUCUUUAGUCUUGACGCAAAUAACACUAACGGUAUUUUAGGGCUUGUGCUUUUGUCUGGUGCUGCUAUCGGCAAAGAGGAUAACCUUUGACGAAUUUGACAUGCAUGUCAAAUUGCUUUCAUGAUUUUUCAAUAUAGAUUAUUUAAAGCGUUGUGCUUUGUUGUGAUAUUUGAUGGUUGCUGCAGCAGCAUGUAUGAAGGGUCAGGAAUUAAUGAAAAUAUAGCUUAUCACAUAUAUCACAUUGAAAAGUACGGAAGAGGAUU